AUGUCUGGGUUCACGGUGUUGGCCGAUUCGCCUGCCAUCGAGAAGCCGUUAACUGACGACAGAAGCUACCGGUUCAUCAAGCUUGACAACAACCUCAAGGUGUUGUUGAUCCACGAUCCACAGGCUGACAAGGCAGCAGCCGCCCUCGACGUCAAUGUUGGCUCCUUUGGCGACCACCAGUACAACGUGCCUGGCUUGGCCCACUUCUGUGAACACCUCUUGUUCAUGGGUACCGAAAAGUACCCAGUGGAAAACGAAUAUGCCUCAUAUCUUGCCAAACAUUCAGGACGAUCCAAUGCUUACACUGCAUUAGAGCACACCAACUACUACUUCCAGGUCAGUGCCGACUACCUAGAAGGUGCGUUGGACAGGUUCGCUCAGUUCUUCAUUUCCCCACUUUUCAGCAACAGUUGUAAGGACCGUGAAAUCAAUGCAGUGGACUCGGAGAACAAAAAGAACCUCCAGAGUGACAUGUGGAGAUUCUACCAGUUGGACAAAGGCACCAGUAACCCUCAUCACCCCUACAAUGGUUUCUCAACUGGUAACCAUAAGACCUUGCGUGACGACCCCCUUAAUGACGGCAAGAAUGUUAGAGAUAUUUUGAUUGAAUUCCACAAAAACUCCUACUCGGCAAACAGAAUGGGUUUGACCAUCUUGGGAAAAGAGGAUUUGGACACCUUGUCAGAAUGGGCAAUCGAGAAGUUCUCCCCUGUCCCAAACAAGGACUUAUCUAGACCUGACUAUAAUGGUGAAGUGAUCUAUUCCGAAAAUGAGUUGGGUAAGCUAAUUGCUGCAAAGCCCGUGCAAGACACUCACAAAUUAGAAUUAACGUUUAUGAUUCCAGAUGACUUUGAAGACACUUGGAACUACGAUCCUUCGAGGUACUACUCACAUUUGUUGGGACACGAAAGUAAAGGUUCCAUCUAUCAUUAUAUCAAGGAAAAGGGUUGGGUAACCGAACUCAGCGCAGGUCUCCAAAAGACAUGUAAAGGCAGUAGCUCGCUUAUUUUUGAACUUGAGCUUACCACAAAAGGACUUGAACACUGGGAAGAGAUCGUGGUGAUUGUGUUUCAAUACUUGAAGCUUGUGAAUGCUGAUGAACCAAAAGAGUGGAUCUGGCAAGAAGUUAAUGACAUCUCAAAGGUCAACUUUAAAUUUAGACAAAAGGAUGAAGCAGCAAAUACCGUUUCCAAAUUGAGUAACAAAUUGUAUAAAUUUGGUGAUGGUGGAUUCAUCCCCUCGGAGUACAUUUUGAGUUCGACUAUUCAUCAUGAGUUCAAUGCUGAUUUGAUCAAGCAAUUCGGCCAAUACUUGAAUCCAGCUAAUUUCAGAAUCAUGUAUACCUCGAAGCUGUUGGAGGGAUUAGAUAAGAAAGAAGAAUGGUAUGGAACAGAAUACUCUUAUGAAGACUUUCCCACAACUUUGGUCAACAAUUUGAAGAAUGUUCAAUUGAAUCCGGAAUUGCAUUACCCAUCUCCAAACAAUUUUAUUCCUGAGAACUUCAAUGUUUUAAGAAAGAAAUCAGAAACUCCUUUGAAACAUCCUUAUCUAUUAGAGGACAAUAACAAAUUACAAUUAUGGUUCAAGCAAGAUGACCGCUUUGAAGUCCCUAAAGGUAACAUUGAACUCCUCUUCCACUUGCCACCUUCGAAGGAAGACAUCAGAUCCAGUGCAUACUCUAGAUUGUUAUCGGAGCUUGUAACUGAUCACUUGAACGAAAUUACCUAUUACGCAUCCAUCGUGGGUUUGAACGUCAGAAUUUCAUUUUUAAGAGAUGGUUUCAAUAUCAGAGUAUCAGGAUACAAUGAUAAAUUAACUGUAUUAUUGGAGCAAGUGCUCUCAAAGUUCGUGCAUUUCAAGCCUGAUAAGGAAAGAUUUGAAACAUUGAAGUUGAAGGUCAUUCAAGAUUACCAGAACUUUGGAUACGUUAAUCCAUUUCAACAAAUCGGUACGCACUUCCUCGUUUUGACCAAUGAAGGCAUUUUUAGCAGCGAGGACAAGGCCAAGUUUUUAAGUAAAGAUGCUGACUUCAAUGACUUCUUUGACUUUGUCACGAAGGGUAUUUGGGCAGAUGGUGUGUUUGUUGAAGCUUUAGUUCAUGGUAACUUUGAUAUCGGCAAUGCCAUAGAAGUGAAGGACUUGCUUUCUAAGUACACAAAAGAAUGGGAUGCAGUUGAAGACUCAGUCGAAAAGAUCUACCAAAAAGUUAGAUUACAAAACUACGCUGCUUCUUCCAACACAUUACUGAGAUUUGAAUUGGCCAAUCCAGAUCCAAAGAAUAUCAAUUCAUGUAUCGAGUACAUUAUUCAAAUUUCUCCUAAUUCCCAGGACGAUAAAUUGAGAGUAUUAACUGACUUAUUUUCGACAAUCUGCAAGCAGCCAUCAUUCGAUCAAUUGAGAACCAAGGAACAAUUAGGUUAUGUUGUGUUUUCAGGGACUAGAUUAGGCAGAACCUCUCUUUACUUUAGAGUCUUGGUUCAAUCUGAAAGAUCAACGGAGUACUUGGAGUACAGAAUAGAGGAGUUCUUAUCUAAGUUUAGAAGCUACUUGAUCGAAAAAAUGACCGAGGAGGAAUUUGAGUCUUUCAAGGAAUCCUUGAGAGAUUCUAAGUUAACCAAGUUGAGAUUCUUAUCUGAAGAGACCGCCAGGUUUUGGAAUGAAAUUUCCUCUGGUUAUUUGGACUUCCAAGAGAAAGAUAGACAUGUCGAUAUUCUCAAUAAUAUCAGUAAGGAUGAGUUCUUAGCAUUCGUGAGUAAUUUCAUCUUCAAUGAGUCUAAGCAGACUUCAAAGAUUCUGGUUCAUUUGAAAGCACAAAGUGUUCCUGAAGUCAGUAGAACUAAAUUGAUCCAAUCCUCGUUGUCCAACUAUUUGACCCUUAGAGACCUUGAAAUUAGCUCUGAUAUAGUUGAUGAGAUUGUUUCCAAGAAUGAAGAAAAUAUUGAACUCAUCGCAGAUGACAUUGUUACCGAGCUUGAAAAGAAUGAGGAAAAUUCCAUAGACAAGGAUUUGAAGAUCGAUUUAGUAAAGACUUUGAAGCACAAUCUUGAAACACCCGUCCCAGAAAAGUAUCCAAUAGGCAAAUUAGUUACUAUUGAAGACUUUAGAAAAGAAUUCAAGAAAGGUGGACCACCAACUCCAAUAGCUAGCAGAAAGGAGUUUUAUUAUCCUGAUGAUCAUUCCAGGUUAUAA